AUGUUUCCAAAGGGGCCCCGCUUCGAGCCAUUCAAAGCUCCCGAUGUCCCUGGCCCAAACGCCUACAGUAUACCCCAGGAGUCUGUCCUCGACAACUACAAACGUGGUGCAUUUCUCGAGAAAACGGACAGAUUUGCCAAGGACAAGCAUCCAGAGCUCCCAGCUCCCAGCACUGCCAAAUCGCACCCCGCACCCGCUAAAGCUCCCACAGCACAGUCAGCCAUUGAAAAAUACAAUGCGCUUCAGAAAAAGGUAGACGAACUUGAAAAAGUUCAUCUAGAAGGCAAAAGAACACAUCAAGUAGAGUUGGAAAGGCUAAAACAGGAGUUAUCUGCCGCACUCAAAUCCGCCACAGAAACUACAGAGCGACUCGACAAGCAGAAGAAGCAAAAUAUUGCUUUGGAUACUCGUCUGCAAGAAAUGAAGAAAGCCUCGCUCGCUGACCAAAGCGAAAUCAAGGACCUUCGCCAUAAAACACGCAUGCUCGAACUUGAAAGAGACAAAAUAAUUUCCAAGCAACCCGACGUAUCCGAACUUAAAAAGUCGCUCGCGACCCUCGAGGCCAAACGGAAGGACGAACUCAAGGAUCGAGACCGUCGCAUUGCAGAGUUGGAAAGGCUUGUUCAGUCCGAAAAGAAGAAGCGAGAGCUCGCAGAAAGUAAAAUCCAGGAGUCGAAGCGUCUUUUGGAGGAAGAAUCAAACAUGAUCAAGACCAAUACCGCCCAUCUGGAGGUCCUUGUCAAGGAAGCUCAGUCAGAAGCACAGACAACAAAGGACAGGCUUUCUGAAGUCGAAAACGAGGCGGCCAGCAGGGAAGAUGCCCUUGUACAGCGUCUCGAACAACAUUGCUAUCUGCUUAAUACUGUCGUGGAACAGUAUGGCAAUCUUGUUUCGCAAUCGGUCUCGUCGUCCAAACAUUGCCGGCUGCAACAAGACUACGAUACCCUUCAAAUCCGACAAUUCCGGCUUGAGCGCAAGCUAGCAAACUCUGAGGCUCAGGUCGUUGAACUAGCCCAUCUCAUUCGCCAGAUCAAAUCAGAAAACACGCUUCUUCAUCAACUUGUCUCCGAAACUUUGCGGGACAACUCUUCCUUGACCGCCUUUGAUUACACGACACCUGUCGGAAGCGACGCCAAUCUAUGGUCUCAAUCUGCCAUUUGGGAUACUGACACCGCAAAUCUCGAGCAGUCACUGGAGCACGCAAAAAGCGAUGCCAAUCUGCAAAUGUCACUUGCAGACUUUUACCGUACCCAGAUUGAAGAACUUCGGCAGGCCUCUUCGAUUCUACAUGAUGAUUACACGGAACUGCAAAAUAUAGCUCAACAACGUGCAUCUGAUUUAUCGAGCACGUUAGCCUCCCAUGAAGCAAUGGCAACUCGGCUGGAAUCGAUACAGAAAGAAAAAACCCAGCACGAUGAACAACUCAAGUCGGCGAUGUCUACAGUGGACAAUUUGACUGCAACGGUCGCUGUUCUGGAGGCCAAACUAUCUGAAACUCAAGAAGAUAUGCGGAAAACGGCGGCACAGCAUGCUGUUCUUUUGAAAAAAGAAAAGGAUACCGUUGCAAGAUUGACUUCGACGGUGCAAAAGAACCGUAUUGCCGAAGAUGUUCUCCGUGCGGAGAUCGAACAAUUGACGACCGAGUUGGCAGACGCCGAAAGCUACCAAGAGUCAUUUUACGCUCUCCAUGCAGAAGUCGAGAGGCUUGUAACGCGUAACCAGAUCGCGGAGGAAGAAGCUGAUCGCAUUAGCAAAUUCAACGCUGAGAUCCUGGGCCACAACAACCCAGCCCAGAGAAUCAUGUAUGUUGACCGUAUCCGCAGAGAAUUAGCUGAGGCAAAACACAAAAUUGCUAUGCUUAUACGCGAACAAGAGAAUGUUGUCGCGCAGAACGACGAGUUACAGAACGAAAUUGAUAUGUACAAGUCGGUGCAGGUUCCACCUGAGAAGAAGACACGUACCAACAUCACACGAGUCGCUCGACCUCCUUUGGUCAACCUUGGCAACAGCUUAAAUUCAUCGCUGCCAAUAACCCACAUCAGCAGUGGCAGCAAACACCUGUUCAUGUCAAGGGAACAGCCAUUGCUGGAGGCAAAGGAAGGGGAUAUGACGACAGAUGAGUUGAUGUGA